AUGCGUCAAUUACUUCUCUUCUUCAUUGUUCUUCUUGCCUUAAUGAGUGUUUGUUGUGGCUUCGAUGUUAAGGUCGCAUUGCCUGCUUCAACAACCACCUCACAUCAAACCCCUGAGAAAAAACUGGUCAAAUCAUCAGCAACCUGCCACUUUGGAGAAAGAACAGGUUUACCACCAAUUAUAUGCAGUGAUUGCAAGUAUUGCAAUAAAGCUCCAACAUGCACAAAUUUCAAUGGAGAGAAGAGCAUAUUUAACUCUCUACAAUUCGAAAACAAAAACCUUGCUUGUAAAUUGGCAAUGAUGAGAGAGCACUGUGCCAGUUCUGAUCCAACAAAUGAUAAUUUGUGGACGGUAGUUUCACCCAGUUAUUAUCCUUAUUAUAAUCCAACUUACAGAUUCAAACUUUGUAAACGUUGGACUAACAAAAUGUCUUCUAUUUGUUACUCUAGCUAUGAUGUUGAAUAUGAUAGUGAUUGUUGGGAUGAUCCAACAUUCAGUUUUUCAGAGGCAAUGGCAAGUGAUGGACUUUGUAAGUUUGGUGAGCUCGUAGGAAAAGCUCCUCAACCGUGUCCGAAUUGCACAGCAUGUGGAAAUGGAAAUUAUCCAACAUGCUUCACAUAUAAUUCUCAAUUACAAAUGAAAAAGCUCAUUAAUAAUUAUGGUGGCCUUGUAAAUGAAGACUGUUUCGUUGAUGUAAAACAAUUGGUAUGUGCUCAAUAUCAUCCAAAGAAUCAGGGAUACCAUUAUAAGAUAUGGUCACCUUUUCAGGCUUGUAGAUCUGUCUGUGAAAAGAAAAGGAAUAUGUUGUGUUAUCCAGAAUGGUAUAAUUGCAACGAUUUUCCAACAGCUGAUUGUUGGGAUGGAUCUAUUACUGUGUCAGGAAGUUAUGGAUUCUUCCAAAUUGUUCCGUUCAAGAUAAUUUUUGGAUUGUUUGUUCUUAUUUUAAGUCUCUUCUAA